AUGGAUACCUCUCCCGCUUGCCCGGGACAAGAAAACCACCCAACUCUUACCUCCCUCCCCGUCGAAAUCCAAGAGAUUAUCCUCUCCCAGCUUGAUAGCUUUCGCACUUUGGAAUAUAUUGCUAUGACAUGCAGGACGUUUAAAGACCUUGUGUUAUACCAUCCACAAGGGAUCAUCGACCGGAUUCUGAAGUCGGUUAUUCCCGAUGAGGUGUUCCCCGAAGCGAUUACUUUCUUCGAAGCCUCAAGACUACCGACUACCAAUGCUGAAAUCGUCCAAGAACUUCUUGGUCAUUACUUUACAUCGCUGAAGGGAAACAUGGGGCCGCGACCAAGGUUUUCAUUAAGUGAAGCUACAGCACUGGAGAAAUAUCAUCAGCUUAUCCAAAGGUUUACCCAAAUCUUCAUCUCUACUGCACUGUCUAAACACCCUAUCACUGGAGAUGAGGUAAAACCCCCGUGGCUCGUCACAAAAAGAGAACAGUACCGUAUCCAGCGGGCCCUGUACAGAUUUGAGCUUUACUGGGAAUUAUUCAAAAGAUUGGAGAAAAAAGAUCGAUCUCAAAGGCACCCACAGCUAGCAAUCACCCUCCAGCAACAUUCCAAGCUUUACUUUGAUCAUUUUGCUCCAUGGGAGAACGAACAAAUCAUCUGUAUCCAGGAUUUUCUGCUAAGGAUAGUCGACGAAGCGUUUAACGAUGUUGCUGCACACGAUGUGGAGUGGGGUGAAUGGGGGAUUAAAUAUAAUGAAGGAUACAAAGCUUUGUCGAUCAACAGGUUCAGAUGCAACUAUAUAUCGCUCGGUCUGCACUUUAUUUUUCGUCUCGGCGGGACACAGAACUUCGAACAUCGUCGAGAUAUGCUCAAUCCCCAUCGUAACGUUCAGCUAGCUUCGAUUGACCGCGCACUUAAGCAACAUAAGUCUCCAUAUAUAGACCGUGUUCCGUUAUCAAGGUAUAGUGGAGAGCGGCUGAAACAUGACAUCCAAAAACCCCGAGUACGUGACGAUCGAGGCCCGGCCGAGGUGUGGAGGGCCACUCAUCUAGCAAUGUCUAGUUAUAAUUUUGUGAUGGCUGAUGACCAUAUCCCUCUCCGCGAAAGGGGAUACGUCAUGUGGGAUUACAGCAGGCUUUCGAACUGGGGCUUGCUCCGAGUUCCAUGGCUGCCACCGCCGCGUGAGCCACCCGAGGUUGCGCGGGACAUGAGAGAGAAGGUACUUCGAUCCCACCAACGGCGGACUGAGAUUUAUUUGGAGGGUGGGCGUGGAUGGUGGAGCGAAGAGGAUGAGAGCAGGGUUAUAUAUCGCAGGAAAAGAGUAAGUUGA